GGCAUCAGUAAGUAAUAAUAAGUAAAAUGCAAUGUUAAAAAGUGAGUAGAACAUGAGUGAAUUUCCAUUUUUGGGUGAACUAUCCCUUUAACAAAGAGCCUGCUGGUUAGACAAACCUGUCUGUGAAGGGUUAGUCUCUUGGUAGACCUGCCUCCCUUUGGAGAGUGUCCUCUCUGUGGGGCCAUCAGCUUUCAACACAUUACUUCCUGUGGUUGAUUUGUUUAUCACGUGAUCCGCUACAUGUGAUUGUGAUGGAAGGCGUUUACAGGAAAAACAGGAAUAAAGAUUUUGCUUCAACAAUGGUGUUCUCCUUCUCAGACAUGAGGCGCUCCGCUCUUCUGAUCCUGACACUCAACAUCUUCUGCACCUGUUCUCAAAUUGCCCAUGAAGCUAUCACUAUUGUGGGCUGCUUUGAAAAUGGUACCAGUGAGGUGCAGGAAGAAGUUGAUGGUGAAGAGCUUGUAUACGUAGAUUUUGACAGACAGGAGUUUGUGUACACCGUGCCCACAUCUAUCUUGUUGGACCCAAGAGCAAUAUUUGGUGACAUAACUGUAUUUAAAGGUGUCAAGAAAGCAGAGCAAAUGUGUCAUAUAGUUCUUAAAUACUGCAAAGGAGAGGAGAAAGAUCCACCAGAAAACAAAGAUCCCCCUGAGACUCUGAUCUACUCUGCAGAGGAAGCUCAGUUGGGGGUUGAAAACAGCCUCAUCUGCUUCGUGAAUAAUUUUUUCCCACCUUACAUCGAAGUCAGCUGGACUAAAAAUGGUCGUCCGGUGUCGGAGGGGGUGUCACUCAGUCGAUAUUAUCCCAAUAAGGAUCAGACCUUCUACCAGUUCUCCACCUUGAUGUUCACACCGAGCGAGGGGGACAUUUACAGUUGCACUGUGGAGCACUUGACCCUGGAGAGGCCUAAAACAAGAAUAUGGGAAGUUGAUUUUACUCAUCAAAGUCAUGGACCAGAUGUUUUCUGUGGAGUUGGUCUGAGUCUUGGCUUAUUGGGGGUAGCAGCUGGUACAUUUCUGUUUGUCAAAGGACACCAUGGAAACUAAUUUCUCAUUCUUAAAGAUACAUUUAUCUCACUGUAUAUCUCUAUGCCAGUAUAUUUCAGAGGGUAAUAUUAAGAGUUUUACACCAGUACAUUUAUCUGAUAACUUAAACUUAUUUUACAUCUUAAACUCUACAUGCAAAUAUGUGAUGAACUCAUAAAAUAUUAUUCAUUGUUAGUGAUGAAAUUCCCCAACAGUAUAUACAGUUGUUUAAUUUAACUUCUCCUAGACUAGCUACAAAAUAUUGAGUCAGUUUAUACAGAUCCAAGGGCAGAAAUAUACCGUAGAUCAUCAGAAACUGAAUUUUAAUAAUUUAUGCUCAAAGUAGAACUGCUCAACUCAAAACUACAUAAAAAACCUGAAUUUGAAUCCCAUCAUUUGAAUUUAUAUUGUUUAAGAUUAUUUAUUGCAUCAAAAGUGAGUGAGUGUGUAUUUGCAUUAU